CAACAGCAGAGAUCUGUUCGCGACCGCGGUAAGGCGAGUUUCACGAUUUCGGGCUGUAGCCUCUAUUAAACCGUGUUCGUAUACUCGCGGGAUCGAUUAAAAUUAAACAACGGUUAAAUUAUACGUUUCAUGCGAUAAAGUAUAGCUUACAACCUGUACUAAUUGCCAGUAAGAAAGCUCAUUAAUUGAGUGGAAACAAACGCCCAUUAAAAACGAAGUAUCUAUUAGACGCUACAUAAUUGUAAACAAUAGAUGAGAAAUGAAUAAAUAAUUCAACACGAUUAUGAAGAGAUUUAUCGAUAAAUAAUUUAUUGAAUAUAUUUCAAUUAUUUGAUUUAUAUGUAUAUUAUACAACGUGUGAAAUACUUCGUGAGUGAUAUAAUUUUUUUACGUAAAAAAUAAAAGAUUAACGGCUAAAAAGGACCAAUUGAAAUUUCGAGAGGAGGUUAAGUGAUAUUAUUGAAGGCUGAGGACUUAUUUAGCAAGGAUUCAAACCUUCAAAAAAGUGGAGUACUUAGAUCGUUGGAUCGCUCAGACGAGAACGUACGGUGGAUCUGUGGCAACGGCAUCAAAUUCGUUGGAUCAGAGAGUGACGUCGGUAAACGCAACGACGACGAGGGAGGACCAGCACUGGUGGUGCGAGGGUUACGUUGGCAACGAGUGUGAAAGAGAUAAGGGCGCAGCAGUGGCGGGUGAGCUGGCUUGCCUAGCAGGCUAUAUGGCGGGGUAUCUGAAGGCGGCGGGUGCUACAUGCGCCCCGACCGGAGGCCCCCAAUACCAUCCUCAUGGUCAUCCAGCUAUGGGGGUUGGUACACAUCCUCAUGCACAUUCUCAUGGACAUCCUGGUGGACCUCAUCCUGGACUACCUUCACCAUUUGCACUUGCUACACAUGGACAUCCGCACCCGCAUCCGCUUGAUCAUGGACUUGGCGCAUUCCCACAAGGCGUCACACAGAGAAAGCAGAGACGGGAACGGACGACCUUUAGCAGAGCUCAAUUAGAUGUGCUUGAAGGAUUGUUCACCAAGACACGAUAUCCAGAUAUCUUUAUGAGGGAAGAAGUUGCAAUGAAAAUCAAUUUACCGGAAUCAAGAGUACAGGUCUGGUUUAAAAAUCGUCGAGCAAAAUGCAGACAGCAACUUCAGCAACAACAGCAACAAGGUCAGCAGCAACAAACACAAACCACACCACCCAAAGUGUCACCAAGGUCCAAUCAAACGCAAAACAAUGCAACAAAAAUUUCAUCGAAUGCAACAGCGCCAAAUAGACGAACAUCUCCAGUAUCACCACCACGUGGAAAAGAAGCACCUGGAUCAAAUUCUCCUCUCAUGGCAACAAACACGACAUUUCCAAGGCUUGGUGCAACACCAACAGGAGGAAGUGGGGCCAGCAGCGCCCUCACUACUCCUUCACCACCCCUUACACCUGGCUCAAGUCAACUGCCACCCUCGUCGUACCCACCUCCUAUUAAUCAAAUUCAUCACAGUGCUGAGUAUGGCUUCCCUUGGAGUUCGGCGUCACCAGGCUCAGUUAAUGCCAGUCAAUGUUAUGCUGGUCAGACCUACAAUAGUUAUCAAAAUCCUUAUGCAUCAGGAGAUUAUUACCAAACACAAUUAUCUCAUAUGCACCACAGUCCUCAGAGUAAUUACCAUCAUCAUCAUUCUCAGUAUCAUCACAAUAUGACUCUGACUUCAUCCAUGUCCCAUUUAACGGGUCACCAUCAUCUUAAUGCAUCGAACAAUGAGAUGACAGCAUCAUCACCUGGUGAUUCAUCUGAUAAUUAUAUUCUGCCUGAUCAAAAGUACCAAGCAAUGGUCUAGCGUUCAAAUCAAGUCGUUGACGACUCUGAUACGCUUCAACAUUAUGACAAGGAUGAUAAUGUUGAUGAAUAAAGUGGUGUGUUUUGAGGUACGUGAAGGCAAUACAAUGAGUUUCAACUUUGAAAAAUAAAACAAUUGAGAGUUUAUCUAGUUUAAAUAAGAUAAUAUGUGUUAAAAUUAAUUUUCACACAAUUAUACUAUAUGAAGUAAUAAUUAUCUUUAAAAAAUGCCA